UAAAAGUCACUGUUAUCUACAACCUUAGCAUAACCAAAACCACCCAAAAUUUUAAACAUCAAAACAAUUGAUGGAGGAAUACAGAGCACGCGCCGCCGCCGGGCCAUUGCCACUUCACUCCCAAUCCCAACACAUCUCUUACCGUGCCACCACCUUCAACCGCCUCUUCGCGGCCGUUUACUCCGUCGCCAUUUUUGCUCUGUUUUACUACCAUUUAGCUUCACUUCUUAAUCCCACCUCCCUUACUUUCUUCUUCAUCUCUCUUUCUCUGUUUAUCUCCGACGUCGUUUUAGCCUUCUCGUGGGCCACCACUCAAUGCAACCGCAUGAAUCCCCUCCGCCGCCGCGAGUUUCUCGAGAACCUGAAACUAUUGCUCAAGAAGGAUUCGGAUUUUCCGGCGCUGGAUGUGUUCAUUUGCACGGCGGAUCCGUACAAGGAGCCACCGAUGAACGUCGUCAACACGGCUUUGUCUGUCAUGGCUUAUGAUUAUCCGACAUGGAAGAUUUCGGUGUACGUCUCUGACGACGGCGGCUCUGCUAUGACACUCUUUGCUUUUAUGGAAGCGGCCAAAUUCGCCGUCGAGUGGUUGCCGUUUUGUAAGAAAAACGACGUCGUUGAGAGAAAUCCUGAUGCAUUCUUUGUUUCCAACAAGGACUAUUGCAACUCUGAGAUGGAGAAGAUCAAGAUAAUGUAUGAGAAAAUGAGAACGAGAAUAGAAAAUGUUAUGGAGAAAGGAAAGGUUGAAGAUGAGUUCAUUAAUGGAGAAGAAGAGCAUUUGAUUUUUGAUAAAUGGACAAAAUCCUUUACUCCUAAGAAUCAUCCUGCUAUUAUUCAGGUAUUAUUGGAAAGCGGUAAAAACAGAGACAUUAGUGGAGAGUCGUUGCCAAAUCUCAUCUAUGUUUCAAGGCAAAAGUCUACAACUUCUCAUCACCAUUUUAAGGCUGGUGCUCUUAAUACUUUGCUUCGAGUAUCAACUAUAAUGACCAAUGCACCAAUUAUUCUCACUUUGGAUUGUGACACGUAUUCCAAUGAUCCACAAACACCAAAUCGGAUCUUGUGUUACUUCUUGGAUUCAAAACUUGCAAGCAAUUUAAGUUAUAUUCAAUUCCCUCAACGUUUUUAUGGAGUUAGCAAAAAUGACAUCUAUGCUAGUGAGCAUAAACGAUUAUAUAUAUUUAAUCCAGUUGGUAUGGAUGGGCUAUUAGGCCCAGCUUAUCUUGGCACAGGGUGCUUUUUUAUUCGGCGAGCUUUCUUUGGAGGCCCAUCAUCAUUUGAGUCACCUGAACUUCUUGAACUCGACCCGAAUCAUGUUGUGGAAAAAGCCAUUGAAUCUCAAGAAAUAUUAGAUUUGGCCCAUGUGGUUGCAGGUUGUGAUUAUGAAAAUGACACCAAAUGGGGUUCCAAGUUGGGUUUUAGAUAUGGGUCAUUAGUAGAGGAUUAUUUCACAGGGUAUUGUUUACAAUGUGAGGGGUGGAAGAGUUUAUUCUGUAAUCCAGAGAAGGCGGCUUUCUAUGGGGAUGCACCAAUGAACCUCCUAGAUGGGCUGAAUCAAAUGAAAAGAUGGGUUAUUGGGCUUUUGGAAGUGACAUUCUCAAAGUACAGCCCAAUCACAUUCGGCGUAAGGUUCAUGGGCCUUCUCAUGGGCCUUUCUUAUAGCCACAACAUUUCUUGGGCCUUUCUCUCCAUUUCACUCUUUGUUUAUGCAUUUCUCCCCCAAUUGGCUCUCAUCAAUGCUGUAUCCAUCUUCCCAAAGGUUACAGAUCCAUGGUUUGUAUUGUAUGCAUUCUUGUUCUUGGGAGCUUAUGGACAAGACCUUCUUGAAUUCAUAUUAGAAGGAAACACAUUCGAAAAAUGGUGGAAUGAUCAGAGAAUAUGGAGCAUAAGAGGUCUGUCUAGCUACUUAUUUGCAUUCAUUGAGUUCUUCUUCAAGUCCUUUGGAAUUUCUGUUUUUGGUUUUAAUGUCACUAGUAAAGUAAUUGACCAAGAACAGAGCAAGAGAUACAAGCAGGAAUUGUUCGAUUUCGGAACCCCAUCCCUAAUGUUCCUGCCAAUGGCCACAGUGGCCAUCGUCAACUUCGUCGCCGAACUCAUUGGAAUUUGGAGAUCAUUGGGUGGCGCUUGGGAACAACUCUUCCUUCAAAUAUUUUUAGUUGGAUUUGUGGUGGUGAAUUGCUGGCCAAUUUAUGAGGCCAUGGUGCUUAGGAACGACGAAGGAAAAUUGCCCCCUAAAAUCACUUUUUUAUCUCUCUUACUCACUUUGUUUCUCUGCUCUUUAUUCUCUACUUUUUGUCACUAACAAAUGUUUUGGUUGCAUUGCAUGUGUUCUGAAAUUUAUUUGUAAUUUGCACAAAUAAUGGAUUAUUCUUAAUCCUUGCAAUGUUGUUUUUAAUGGCUAUGUAACAUCCACAACAUAUAUCAAUUUAUUAAGGCUUGUGUAUUCUUGAUAGGGUGGUUAGAGAUUCGAUCUCUCACCUCCAUAUUUGUUGUUGCACAUAGUUAAAUGCAAAUGGUUUUUUAUGCUGCCAA